UGUGGGUGCGAGAGAGGGACGGGAAACGAUGAAGGAUGAGGUGGAUUGCUCCGCUUGUCCUGGGGUGCAACAUGUUAAUGCCUCCUCGUCAAUGUGACAAUUACCAGAGUGAGUGGAGAUGCUGCCGGAGUUUAAGGAAUCUCUUUCAUCACUACUAUGCGUACGGAGAGAUACCUUCGUGUCAGCAGUGGAAAAGCGACUACAUGAACUGCGUGGAAUGGGAAAAGCACAAGUCUCAAGAGGCUAAGAAAGCUUUACUGGAGAGUGAGCGGAAAAGAGUGAAAGACCAGAAGAGAUACUCGCCAGUCUGGAAACUGAGGAAGAACCCGCCAGCUGACUGGCACCUGCCGCUUAAUGACAGUCAGCAGAAAUAAAGGACAGUCCAUCGUGCCUUGUGCCACCACUUGUCAAAAGGAUGCAGGGAUACAGUGCAAUGACACUGCCUAUGUGCUUCACUGCUGUGCAGUCCAGAACAACUGGGUUCAGGGUAAUCUA